UUUUGAACUGAUGUGAUUGAGACCCGCCACGAUCUAUGGAUUGCCGAUACGACGUCAUGACACCUUCCUAAGGCUAAUCUAUGGAGCAGCAAUGUGCCACAGGAUAGAAUAGAGCAGUGGGCUGUGAGAAUCAUGAGAUGGGUCCAUCGUUGCAUGAGAUGGUCUGAGAGGCAGGGACGGCUGGUGUCCUUCAGAGAGUUCACUCGUCGAGUCAGUGACCUACGUUACGAGCUUGGGUGAGAUAUGACUGGAGCCGCCGAGCGAGCUGUCAUAAUGAGUCUGUAUCGGCUCCGAGAGGCUAGUUAUAUCGAAUCCGAAUUCACCAGUCUGCAUUGCGCUGCCUUUUCUGAGUCGAAUUCGAGGCCUCAUGCGUGCCAAUCGUUUGACACAUUCGUGACGUAGUCGUCGUGGGAGGCCGCUCUAUGGAGCAUCGAUUACAUGUCGGACUACAGCAGCAGAGUGUGUCAUGAGCCAGCCAGUGAUAAACGCCGGAUGGCGAAUUCUCUCCUAACUACUAUCCCUUUCUGAGGAAGGUGGUGACAGCAUGUAGGCCGAGGGAAUGCUGAAUUGUCGGAAAAAGUGAUAUAGGUGUUGUACGUGUUGUAGAUGCUGGACGGCAUGACAGUGAGAUGAGUCCUGGAAUGAAGAAAUGGAGCAUGGCUAGCAAGAUGGUAUUCAGUUGUCUGAGUGACAUGAGGAAUAUCUGUAGGGAGUGUGGAUUCACCUUGUGCUCGUUGUUUUGCAGGUUGAGAUGAGGGAUGUGCCGAGACGCAUCCUUCAACAACUGAAGAAAGGAGACGCAACUCAAUCUCGAGGCUGAAAUCAAAGUUGGACAAUACUUCUCGGAUUAGGAAGAACCUCUUCCUUGCAGUACUCUCUCUCUCUCUCUCUCUCUCUCUCUCCUUCGACAAUUUUGACAGAUGCCCGGUGCAAGGCUGAAGAGCGAACCAAUUCACGUUAUGAUCCACGUUCUUGACACGAGAAGAAAUCACAUUCUGAUACAUUCUCUUCGUUUCAAGAACGUAGAUCCUGACAUGAACUGGAAUACGAAAUGACUCGGAAUGGUUUGAAAGAGGUCGGGACUGGAGACAAAGUGCAGUGAUCUUUUCCAGGGAAAUUGAAUUUUUACCUCACAUUGAGCGGAGUUUUGGAUGGUGCCUGGCAGCCAGGUCAGGCUUAAAGUGCACCUUUGAAUCCCGCGAGAAGCCACGUUGUUACCCGCCAGUAGAGCAGAAGAGAGCAUGUCUUGCAGAGUCUGUCUGCUCGAUACUUUAAUACGUCGAAAAAAUGGUGGACAGGAAUGAACCCCUCGUCAACCUGCUCUGAGGCGGUGUAGCUCAGACAAGACUCGGGCUUCGACAGCGGCGGAGAGGCAUGAUGUUCUGACAAGUAAUGAGAGGGAGCUACUAGGAAUGCUUGACUUCUCUGCGACUUCGGGAGAAGUGCAGCCCUGAGCUUCGACAUCGACAGUUGAAGGAGUAGAUAUGAUAACUUAGUCAUGAAGAGAAUGAGUGCUGAAAGAGGUCGUCAACCACUAAAGCCGCGAGAGUCAGCCUUAUUGUUCACUACAAGUAGAGCCGAAAGUGGAGGCUGAUGAGUGAUUUCUGCAUGUUCAAGCAUGUACAGAUUUGGAAGGCUACUGUAAAACACCGACUGAAAUGGAACCCACUUCGCAUGUACACAUGCUUCGUUGGACGUACACUGUCGGUGACUUCAAAUAUUUCCUGGUGUUUUCUAACCAUUAUGUUGAGUCUAGAACGAGACAUCACAGUUUCGCAAGACCAACUCUCUCAGAAAGGAAGAAUAAAUCAUAAUGUUUCAACCGACUUGCCCAAAUUCAUGCAGACGAAUUUUGGUCGACGAUGCUUACACUUCGCCGAUGUGCCCUGCUGGACCAGUUCCCGUCUGACGGUUCUAAGGGCUUCAUCAUUUGAGAAGGAGGUGUACAGAAAGAGGGAUCCAGAAGGAUCCAGGCCUGCAAGUGAAAGAGACAUGAACAUCAAAAGGAAGACCCGCACCAGAUUCCGAACAACGGAACUCUGUACCGAGGAAAGACAACUAGCACUGGCUCUCACUCACUCUCCGUUAUGA